GGCUUCUGCUACUCGAUGGCGCACUAUUUAAACAAUAUAUUUUUUCCCCCUCUCUUAAUCUUAUCCAUAUGAUAUUGUUUACGUCGCUGUGACGUUUCGUUGAGCGUUAUGGCACAAACAGUGUGCCUCUAUACAGUUUAUAUGUCAUACAAUAUUGAAAUCUCAGAAAACAAUUUCACGUGCAAUUUGUUUUACGUUUCGUGCAUUCUAGUAAAUUCGUUGUCAAUAGACAGCACUCUCAAGGUUAUUUAAAAAGGGGCACUCUAAAGUUAGAAUAACGAUUAAACUACUAAUGUCCGAAAAUGACAACAUUGUUUAUUAUUGUGUAUUAUCAUCAAUUCCGCAAUUAUUUUGUGAUAUUUUGAAGAAGAGAUUUUAUCACAACUCACAUUUCACUACCGUGUAAUUUUAUUGCUAAGAAAUGUUUGUUUUGCCACAAACUCAUGGUCCCAAUUGUCUUACAUAUUUUGGUCGUGAUGGUUCAGUGAUCUUUAGACUGCCGUGAGGUCUAGGUUAAAUUAGGUGAUAAUUCGUUUGAAAGUCGGUUAAGCUUGUAGUAACAAACUUUCGCAGCCCUAUGUUUUUCGCUCGCGCUGUACUUCAAACACCUUUCAUCGUAAAAGCAAAAAGUCAAUGUAAAUUAUAUAUAUAUAUAUAUAUAUAUAUAUAUAUAUAUAUAUAUAUAUAUAUAUAUAUAUAUAUAUAUAUUGUGGUCAGUCUUCAGCAAGUAUUUUAUGCACGGUAUUUACUUACGCCACACGUGAACUAAUUAAAAGUGGGAGAGGGGGGGGGGGGGGGGGGCGUGUUCCACUAUGUAUAGCAGAUCACAUGCUGAUAUCCGAGAUUCAACAACAAUUGUUCCCAGUCUCUGGAUUUUGGAACCCAAAUUACUGGAAUGGACUGUCAUAUUGGCUGUAUUGGUUUUGUCUCUUGAUUAGCCAGAAAGCAACCUAAUAUGUAUGUAUGUUGUAUCUCUGAACAAGAAAAUCAGGUACCAGUACUGGUAGAUAUGUAACAACAAUAUGUUUGUGGAUGGUCAUUUAAUGUGUACACAGUUCCUCACCUUUAUUUUGGUUGUAAUAGUUCACACUAUAUACUAUAGAGGACAGCUGAGAUGUAACAUUUUCUGUGGGCUCAGUGGAAUACGGCUUAUGUGACAGUCAAAAAUUUGUCAUGCCACAGUUUUCAGAGGAUAGGAUCCUAAUCAGAAAUGGGAAAAUUGUUAAUGCAGAUACAAUGUUUGAUGGUGAUGUGUAUAUUGAAGAUGGAGUAAUAAAGCAAGUUGGCAGUGAUUUGACAAUACCUGCUGGAACAAGAGAAAUUGAUGCUCAGGGCAAAUAUGUGAUGCCUGGUGGAGUUGACCCACACACAUGUUUUGAAUUUGAGAUCCAGGGCCAUAAAUCCGUAGAUGAUUUCUACACAGGCACUAAUGCUGCAGUAGCAGGAGGAACAACUACUGUCAUUAACUUUGCUAUUCCACAAAAAGAUGAAUCACUUAUUGAAAUUUAUGAGAAGUACAGAAAGCUAGCAGACGAGAAAGUGUGUUGUGAUUAUGGUUUGCAUAUUGGAGUGACAAGCUGGUCAGAUAAGGUUAAAGAAGAAAUGGAAGAGCUGUGCAAAGCCCAUGGUGUCAAUUCCUUCAAAUUUUUUAUGGCCUAUCGUGAUCUUUACAUGCUAGAUGAUGGUGAAAUUUUUGAAGCACUUCAUAAAUGCAAGAAUUUAGGAGCAGUUCCUCUUGUUCAUGCUGAGAAUGGUGCAGUUAUAGAACAGAAAGCAAAACGUCUCCUCUCAUCUGGCAUGACUGGUCCUGAAGGUCACUACUUGUCACGACCAGAGGCUAUUGAAGCAGAAGCUGUCUACAGAGCAUGUGUUAUUGCUAGUCAGGUGAGCUCUCCACUGUAUUUGCAAGUGACAAGUAAAUCCUCAACUGCUGUGCUCAAGGCUAUGAGGAAAAAUGGUAUGGUUGUCUUUGGGGAAGUCCUUGCUUCUUCUCUGGGGAUUGAGGAUGCCAAGAAGCUAAACAACCCAUCCUGCAUUACCAACCCUCCAAUUCGCUCGACAGAGGGAACAGGGUCAUCAUUGAUAAGUGCCCUUGCUGAAAAUGGUCUACAUGUUGUUAGCAGUGGUAACUGCACUUUUAGCACAGAGCAAAAGUCUCUGGGCAUAGAAGACUUUACAAAGGUUCCACCUGGUGUAAAUGGUGUUGAAGACAGGAUGUCAGUUGUAUGGGAGAAAGGUGUGCACAGUGGUGCAAUGGAUCCAAAAUGCUUUGUAGCCAUUACCAGCACCAAUGCAGCAAAAAUUUUCAACAUAUUUCCAAGGAAGGGAUGCAUUGCUGUUGGUUCUGAUGCUGAUGUUGUAGUAUGGGAUCCAGCUGCAACAAGAGUCAUAUCUUCCAAAACUCAUCAUCAGGCUUCUGAUUUCAACAUAUUUGAGGGAUUGGAGUGCCAUGGUGCUGCUGCAUAUGUUAUUGUGAAUGGGAAAUUGUGUGUUGAAGGGAGUACUGUUAACACUUCACAGGGUACAGGAAAAUUCAUUAAUACUUCUGUAAAUCCUGAUUAUGUUUACGGCAUUUUGAAGCAACUUGAUGAAACUGCAUCACAAAAUCUGCAACCAGUUGACAGAAUAGAAGAUAAAGAAAAUGUUCCAGUGACACCAGAUGAUGAUAAGACACCACCUACUUCAAAACACAAAUCUGUCCCACAGGCUGUGGUGUCUCCUUCUAUUCACACUACGCCAUCAAUGAAAGAGCAGCGGAAUUUGCAUGAGUCCACCUUCUCAAUAAGUGAGGAACUGGAUAAUACUACCAAGAAAUCGUGCAUCAGAGUUCAAAGCCCACCUGGUGGAGGUUCAUCUGGUGGCUUUUGGUAGAAUGAGGAGGACAAUUAAGAUCCAAGAUUUUUUAACAGGGUGCCAGAUAAUGGAUGGAAACAUCUGCCCAAGAUAUUUCUGAGGCUAGGGAUUUGUAGCAUUAUGUUUCUUCAUGUCCCACAAAUGAUGAAAAUGGGAUAUAAAAGUUACCAAAAUACUCAGGUUGAAAAUGAAUUCCCAUUUUAUACUUAAUUUUAUUAUUUUCUAAGUCACUUUACAUCUGCAUUGAAUAUGCCAGAUGUAAAUUGUUUUGGUCCUUUAAAAGGCUUGAAAUUACUGUUCCAUCAUUUUGAUUUGGUUGUCAGUUUCAGUACUGCAAUAUCCCCUAAAGCCCUCUAAAAUAAGUUAUUUAUCUGCUAUGAAGUAAUUAUUUAAGUAAAAGUUGUCUCUCAAAAUGCGUAUUAUACCCAGUAACACAAAACAAGUACCAUAUUUUACAGAUAUUUUGUUUUAAGGAUCAUAAAUUUGUCAACAUGAUCAUACCAUUUCAAAAGAAUAUUUAUUGCUAUAAUGUGUCUCCAAAAACAAUCCGCUUGCAUAUUUAGCCAGCCAGUUAUGCAAAAAUAUUAAUCAGAAAAAACAGUUGUGCUAAUUGUGUCGUGUGUGAACUCAUUUGUGGUGUUGCUAAAGAUGAAUGUUUCGAGUAACUAGUAAUGUAUUUUUGGUCGCUGACUGCUGAGAAUCGAGUCAUUUUAUGAAAUGUAGUAAUAUGUUUCACAAAUGCUAACACUGCCUACAUAUACAAUGUAUUUCACUUAAACAAUUUUUGUAAGUCAUGUACAUUGUUGUGACAAAGUAAAUACAACCACUUAUAA